AAAAAUCCCUCAAGUCCAAAAUACCGUCGUCGCUCUCUCAGUACCAAUCGCGCUCUUUAACAUUUCGGAACUGCCUUGAAAAACAUAUCAGAUUUGUGAUAACGUUUUUAUUUCUCUCGUUUUCUAUCCAACUGUGAUAAAAGAAAAUUUUCCUAUCGCGGAGGCGUUUAGUUUCGUCUUACGAUGUAUAUUUUUUUUAAAGAGACGGUAUUGUAUGAGUACUCGUAGUACGUACAUACUUUAGUAGAACGAAAGAAGAAUAAAAAAAAAAUUAGAAAAAAGUAAAAAAAAAAAAAUAUAGUAAUAAACCUGACAAAACCGCAUUACCUAGAUAACCAUCGGUUUCUUGUACGUUGCGUGUCUUCGAAGGAUUCCCCCUACCAAUUCGGUUUCUAUGUAAACGGUGCCCCGCGUGUUCCCCCACCUUUUUAUUUCCUCUUCCGGUCCCAUUGUCCACGAGGCCGUGACGUUUCGAAGUAACGAAUUAAGUCACUCUUCAAGUGAGCAAUAAGUCAGUAUAGCGGGAUCCAGUCCAAUCGUAGUGUUAGUCUCGUAGCGAUCGAGUUUGGCGCGUAAAUUUUUGUUUAUACCGGUAUCGCGAGUCGCGACCACGCUGAUAAGAAUAAAGUCGCGUUUUUUUUCGACCGCUCUCUGUGAUGAACAAAACACCAAGAAGAAUUUUUUUUACUCUAUUACCGUGUUAGGUAGUUGUUCGGUAUAUUCGUGUGAAUUUUUUUCAAUUUUUUUAUUCCAAAAAAUUGCGAUCGAAGCGGUUUCGAAAUCAUCGUGAUUUAAUUCUACGUUAUUCAUAAUUGUGAUCGUUUUAAUCAUGAAAAUCGAUAAAAUUUCGUCAUUUUGAGUAUAUUUAUUGAUCUUAAUUUCGAAUACGUUGCAUAUUGAAUGCACAGUUUAAUCGAGUGAUAUUUUUCGGCUUUGUAAAAAGUAAUCAACUCGUCAUGAAUAUAGCCAGUUCUUCUCCAUCCGUCACGGAACAAAACCAGAUCGCUCUUUGUCAGAACAUGGAUUCGGUGGGAAAUUUACCCAGCGAAGAAGAGGUUAGAACGUUAUUCGUUAGCGGACUCCCAAUGGAUGCAAAACCACGUGAAUUAUAUUUGUUAUUUCGAGCAUACGAAGGUUAUGAAGGUUCCUUAUUAAAAGUUACGAGUAAAAAUGGAAAAACAGCUUCGCCGGUCGGAUUUGUGACGUUCCAAACAAGGGCAGGAGCUGAAGCAGCUAAACAAGAUUUACAGCAGGGAGUGCGAUUUGAUCCAGAUAUGCCGCAGACAAUUAGACUGGAAUUUGCCAAAAGCAACACCAAGGUUAGCAAGCCUAAACCUACAACAAACUUGAACAACACUCACCCAACUUUAAUGCACCCUCUCACAGGACAUCUGGGAGCUCCUUUCUUUCCUAGUGGUCCAGAGCUUUGGCAUCAUCCUUUGGCAUACGCUACGGCUGCGCAGAUACCAGAAUCAGCAUUACAGCAUGCGACGCUAGUCCAUCCAGCUCUACAUCCACAGGUCCCCCCUCCCUUAUCGAUGCAGCAUCCUACGGCAGCAUUGACGGCGAUGCAUGCCGCCUCAUUACCACAUUUUAUGCCAUCACCAGCGUUAGCAUCUCCGGUUGGAUCGACUCCUCCAUCGCAACCAACUGUGAGCAUCAGUGCCGCGCCGUGUUCGACGUUAUUUGUAGCAAAUCUCGGGCAAUUUGUUUCCGAACAAGAAUUAAAGGAAAUAUUUAACAGUUUCCCAGGCUUCUCUCGCCUACACAUGUACUCCAAAGGUGGUUAUCCUGUAGCGUUUGUAGAAUUCACGGACGCCGCAUCCGCUAUUCGAGCGAUGAACAGUCUUCAAGGAUCUGUGUUGUUUACGUCUGACCGCGGUGGUAUUCGUAUUGAACAGGCCAAAAGCCACACAGAGGUAUGCGUCAAACUUAUGAAAAUCGAUUUAUGGUACAUUGCAAUAUUCAUUCAUUUUUAUGUAUGGUGCGAAUGCGCAAAAUAUGCAUUCAUCUUAUUACAGUUGCAUCGUAGAAUAUCCAUUAUAGGGAAUGCCAAGGACAGAAGAAACCAGAAAAUGUUAACUUUACCUAUACGCAUAUGCAGUUGAAUAACACCUGACAAAGUCCGCUUCUAGUCAAAGUGGCCGAAACUUAGCCCUAUAUUUUUCUACUACCAAAGGAUUAACAAAUAUAUAUAAGUUUACUAAUUUAAUUGUUAUACGCGAGUUGAUUUUUAUGAAAAUCAUCCAUCAUCCCAAGAGGAGAAAAAAAGUAUUGGCGUAGUUAGCGAACCUAUUACAAGAGAUACCUAAGUAUUAUGUUUGAAAAAAAAAUGAAUUUAGUUAAUUUUUUUUUUUUACUGUGUAAAACCAAAGCGUGUACUUUUUAUCAACUACUUAUAAUGCUAAUAGUUGAAAAAUGUUGUUAUUUAGAAAUACUAUAUAUUUUACUUGUUAAUACGAUGUUAUGUAGAAUUAUUAUUGGCGUAGUGUUUGAAAAUUUUAUGUCUUCGCAAAAACACCUCGAAUAUUUUCGGGUGCUUUGGUGAAAAUUUUUUCGGCGAUUUGUUAAACGUUACCAGUUUAGACGUAUUUAAAUGCUGUAUUUCCGAUCAUGUUGCGAAGAAUCUCAUAGAUAUUAAUUUUAGUCAUUGUUCGUUUUCUUUUUCUCUCUCUCUCUCUCUCAUCUGUUUAUUUUACCCCUUUUAUCUUACAUACCCGAUCCCUUUCCUUGAUCCCGGUUUUACCCUCAGAUUUGUAAUGUUUUUUAGAACGUGUUAGACAAUCUUGUUUCUUGCUUUCUCGGACGAAUCGGUGAUUAUAUACCUAUACUUUUUGUAAGCUCAUUUUUCUAAGUGUCUUUCAAUGAGCGAAUUUUGUUUCUUUUUUUCUUCUUUUUUUUUCACUAAAAAUAGGUAUACUGUUUUGAUUAUAUAUUCUAGCUUGAUAAUGGAUUACAUUCCAAUUUACGCGAACAUAUUACAAUCUGCCAUGAGGGUGUAAAAUAUUCAUUCCAAAAAUCACUAUACGAGGGAUGUGUAGUGUAAUCGCAAUAUUGUUUUUAUUUAUUUUAUAUAAUAAAAGUCAAGAGGCAGUAAUCACAAAUUGAAAUGAGCUUAUGUAUUCUAUAAAGAUAAUUUAAGAUUUUUCGUUGACUGAUUUAUUUUUCGUUGUUUCAAAAAAACAAAAAAGUUACUGUUUAAUUUUGAUUCGGACGAUUGUGUUAUUUGGAAAGAUUAUAUUAUUGUAUUACUUAUACUUUAACGUAGCAAUAAUUUCAGAUAUUUUGAAAUCAAGCAAUAUAACGACGCUCGUUUCAAAAAGGUAUCGGUGUACCGAAGGGACCAAGAUUAUAAUCGGAAUACCUUGGAGUAGUCAAAAAAAUACAUAUCAAUUUGAAAAUUUAUAUCGUUUUUAUUAUAAUUAUUAUAGAAAUCCAUACAAGUUACUCUGGUACCUUUGAAACGAUGCGAAAGUAUGUAAAAAAAAAAUGAAUUACGAUUUAAAUGUUUGAAUUUUUAUGUAAUCGAACAACACAGGUGAUAAUGAUUUUAAUCAGUUUUCAUACUUACCAUAAAUUUUUAAAAAAUGGGUAUUUUCAAUUUCAAGUACAUAUCAACAGAAAAAACAACAUAUCAGAUCAAUGCUUACAUUUUUACUACUAUUUUUACCUUUUUUUUUUUUUUUUUUUUUCUAUUAGAUAAUUUACGUUUUUGAAAUUUUUGGAUUAGAUUUUAAGUAUACUUUUUGUAUCUUGAAUGAUUUGAGCUUAUACCAAAAAUUUUUUAUCAUUAGGAUUUUCUUGUUUAGAAAAAUCUUUUAAAAUUAUUGAUUAUUUUAGUAAAAUUUAUGUUAUAAUUUGUAAAGAGAAAAAUAUUGCUUAUUCGUAUGUGAAAUUUUAUUAUCAGUAUUUUCCUUCUUUAAUUUAUUGUUUGGAAUAGACAAGGUAUUGUUUGUUGUAAGCUUUACUGUUAUUUAUUAUAAAUUAAUAUCUAAUCAUUGUUUUUAAUUCUUAAGGCUAUUUAUUAGGUGCUGUAUGAACUAAAUUAAUCGUAAGCAAGUUUUUUUUUCUCGAUAGUUCUGCGAAUGAACAAAUGAAAUAAACUAAAAAAAAAGUUCUAUAAAACGAAUAAAAAAAAAUCUAUAUAAGAAGCAAAAUACAAAACAAAAUACCUAAUUGGCUGCUUUUAAACUUUCAAUUUUCAAAAUAUCGAAAAGUAUUUACAAACUCACCUUAUUAUGAAAAUUCGUCGUUGAAAGCGAAUUUUAAUAUUUUUUAUUGUUUUUUUUCUUUUUUUGUUUUUGUUUUGUGUUGUGUAGAUACUUAAUAUAAAUAUUUUUUUUGCCCGUAUAUAAUUUAUUGCGAUAUUUUUUUUUUAUUUUUUAGUUAUUUUUUUUUCAAAUUGCUUGUGACAAUUUAUAUGAUGUUUGUUAAUUUGUUUAAUUUUUUUUAAAACAUAUUUUCAUUUUUUUUUCUUUGCUUGUAUCAUAAUUCCGUUGUAUCAUUGUACCUAUUUAAAAUAUUGUACGUUUUAAGUUUUAUUCUCUAGCUUUAUCGUUACUGUAAAAUUUAAUUACAAAUAAAAUUGUCAUAUUGAA